CAGAAGAGUCUUAUGACAACAUUGCCGAUAAAAGGAUGGUGGCUGCUUUUCAUUUCCGAUCUCCCACUGAAAGACAGCUCCACGUUUGCUGUCCAGUGCUCAAAGAAAUGAACUUUCAAUAGUUUGCACUGUUCUUCGCCAAAAUCUCACGGUCGAUUUCUGCCGGACUAGACUUAUAUACAGCAACAGUCUCGAAAGGUCAGGCGAGGCUCCGGUCCUGAGAGUGCCCUUCCCAACUUCCUGGAGAAACUUCGAGAAUGGCCAGCCUUCAUAUUUCGGCGACCUUGAGAACAUGUUGCUUCAUUCCCUCUGAACGGGACCCACAAUUAAUUCCCCGGGAGUCACUGGAAUAUUUGGCGUCGACGCCAAAUCGUAUCAACCCUAACGCUCUUCCUUCGAAAGUACACUAACUCAUGACAGAAAAUUAAUUCACCAGCUACGAUUGAGGCACAUUCUCUUAUCUGCCGUCAGUGUCGCUCGGGUUCAGUAUCGAUUACUGACAACACUCGAGACGCCCUCACACUCUCCUGCUUGGAAUUUCUCAACAUUGGGAUAGUUGCGGGUUUGUCAGCAGAGCAGGAAGGUUUUGCUCUGUCCAGUGAGUUAACAGAGACUGAUGGAAGCUUGAAGGCGUUAUCUUGGACGAGUUCGACUUAGUCGGUGGAUCGAGAGGCCAAUGAAUGCUGCGAGCGCGUUGGAACUUGCCACUCCUUCGGUUUGGUCGCCUAAUGUGUAGAGUACGACGGAGACGUUUUAGUGAUCAGAGUGAGGACCUUGAGGAGUUCAAUCCGUCAUGAAUAUCUCAGAGCUCCUAUCUUCAGCUGCGGUCUCGAGCAGUCCGAGCAGCAUACUUUCCAUGGAGACUUCUGAUGACAGCGAUUUUCUAAUCCGGGAGUCGAGCAGAAUCAGUAGUGGCAGAGUGAAGGUGCUCUCCCUCGGUCGUGUGUUGAACAUACUUCUCGAUGCGGAGCCUAGAGAGCUCGAAAAAGUUCGUGGACAAUUAAAGUCUAGUUCGCGACCGAAAAGCUCAGUUGGCAAAGCAGCCCUCUCUCUGAUGGACCAUGUUUUGGAUAUGCACUCCAGUGGCUCAUCCGUGGAGCAAAUCUUUGUUCCCGUUCUUGAGCAUGCUGUGAAGUCAAAGGAGCAUAGCAAUCGCAAGCGAUCUGUUUGUAUCCUACAGUCGGCACUGGAAAGCGAUGAAGUGGGUGUGAUAGCUGCCAGCAGUCUGGCUACGAUAAUAGCGACUCAAGAAUUUAACAACCGUGUGAAGCUGGGCUGGUGUGUGAUUGUUCGUGAGGUGGUACAAGGCUGGUCAGGACAAAGAUCUCCAUAUAGUCCUCUUCACAAAGAGAUAUUUGCAAUACUCGUCUCGUGCGUACAAAGCCUCACAAACGUUGUGUGUGUAGCCAGUGUCAAAGAGGACGGUAAAUCGGUCCCAACCCGCCUGUCAAUAGCUGCAGCGGAUUGCAUACUGGCAAUCACAAAAGUACUUGCAGUGGGUACCAAUUCCGAGCCCGAAGACAAUCCAACGGAAAGUAUCGACACGGGUCAUCAAAGAAAACCACUUAUUACUCCAAUCGAGACCAUUCCGAAUGACGUCAGAAACGCUCAUGUGGCACCCGACGACGUGAACAAUACUCCUAGUACAUCCAGCAGAGACUUAUUCUGCACUUCUGAAAGGCGGAACAUGGCACUGUGGGAGCAGCUGGAUAACCUUGUCUCACUAGUCAAUGUCCUAUGCGAGUGGAAUCACCGGAGCAGGCCUCUAUUUGCCAAAGGCUUACAGCGCGUUCAAAAGAGGUUGCAGUCGCUAGCAUCCUAUCGUGAUUCACUGCAACAUCAAGGACCAGAUAUGGGUGAUGUAUCCAUAGGAGCGGAAGUACUAGUAGCUUGCUGGCAGCAUUACAGUGGUCUGCUUAUGACAGAGGAUAAAGCGUUACAUAACCGUCCACAUCCUGUUCUCCAACACUGGCUCGGUGCCCUUCAGUACUAUCUGGAAGAAACAGAGAAGUCGGAUACGGAAGAAGAUACGAGGAAAUCACAGGAACUGAGGGCAUAUGCACUAGCCUGCGUAGCUUUGACAUUAGGUAGAUUAGAUGCUCGUCGCCUAGAAGCGAUAUUGGAGGAAUUUGAACCACAGUUGUUGAAUCUUCUCUUUUCUCAGCUGCGAGGAGGAGAUAACACCAUAGUAGAGCUGGCAGUAGGUAUUUUGAGAGCUAUUUUGUUUCGACAAACUGUCUCUGCACCCGCCUCCGGUGCUGGGUCCUCUGUAUCAAGAUUAGAGACUGUGGUGCCAAUGCUCAUGGAGAUGCUCGAUACUCGAGACACCGCUGCGAGGGCAGUUGUUCUCCUUCUAGCAGAGUACUUUGCAGCAAAUCCCGAGGCUACAGAAGUGGAGAGCCUCUUCUCCCGUCUGGAUGCUGAGGAGUCUUCGCAGCGCAGAAAUGCUCUUGAUGUUGUAACCGAGCUUGUCUCUAUAUGCACAAGAAAAGCCGACAUGAUAAACUCAAACUUCAGCCAGACAAUUGCUAUGCAUCUCUUCAAAAGGUUGGGAGAUACCGAGCUUACGAAUCGUGCAGAAGCGUCUGCCCUAUUUGCGAGUCUGGAUCCUUCGUUUACACUGCCCACUCUGGUGAAACUUUUAUACUCCUCAGAUGGUCGAGUUCGGUCAGCUGCAAGUGCCAGCGUUCUAUCUAUUCUCAUUCACAAACCCGGUCGUCGUGUGAUUGAGGAGCUCCUUGACUGCGUCACGAAACUCAUGAAACAACACCCAAUAAAUACGGAGAAUAGUGACGGAGGUGCAGUUGGUGGCACUAACAAUUCAGACGGCUCUACCCCCGAUGUUGAGCGAGUUAUGCGGCUUGUCCCAGAUUGGGCUUCAAAGGUCGAAGAUUGGAACGAUAUUAUUCCGUUUCUCUUGAAGAAGACAUUUGACGAGCCUUCGAAUGCGGUCAUGCCAAGAUUUCUUAGUUCAAUCAGUCGUGAACUCGCUGAAAAUACUGAUAUUCUUUAUCCUCUUCUUCUGAAGAAAUUACAACAACAGUCACAACUUACCGAGGCGGUUACAUCUAAAGUCGGUGAAGAUAAUAGUUGGUCAAUGGCUAAUCACUUAUUCGAACGACUGAGCCCUCUUCUAGUGUUACGGGUGCUUCCUCUUAGUGCCUUUAACGACAUCAGCUGCAAGGAGCUUUAUGGAGGAUUGACUUCUGUUCUUGUCGACGUUCGAAACGCAGGGUGUCGACCUCUUCAUUCGAAUACGGCUGAAUGUAUCACCGAUCAUUUGCUGAACAGAGCUUGUGGAGGCUCGGAGUUCGAAGAUGUUCGGAGAGUUGCGUCUGAAAUCACGGGACGGCUUGUUCCGGAUAUUAUGUUACCACUGGUAACCGUACAGCUGGAGGAUGCAACUAGAUGCCAGGAUUCUCGAACGGUUAAAGCUUGUCUCCUUGCUCUUUGCACAACAUUAGUGAUAAGGAGUAAGGAGGUAGUGAACCAUUCUUUGAUGGGGCACAUUCGAAAGAUUCUUUCGUCUAUUCUCCUUUGGCCCUGUGUAGUUGAGGAUAAAGCGUUCUCUGAGGUUGCAAAAGCGCAACAUGGCUGCAUUGACUGUUUGGCCUGGAUGAUAUGCGCGGAGACGCAAAGCCUCAAGGAAGUUCUCGUAGCUGAAGAAUCUUCCGCCUUCUCGACCGCGGGAGUAGAAAGUUACGCAGGAGAAGAGCAUAAGACAGAAAAGCUCAGUAGCAAGGUGGAGACGAGUAGGCCAUUGCUACAGAUUGUCGAAGAGAGUUCUCUUGCAGAAGAUCUCCACGAAGAACCUGAGAGUAAGCCUUCUCUUAUUAAAGAGGGUAUCCAGCUCAUUCAAAAGCUUCCCGAAACAGAGCAGCUCAGAAGGACUGCUUUCCCUCGGAAGGAAGUAAGCCAGCUGAGCAGAGAGAUAACGAAGGCGGAAAUGGCUAAAAGGGAAUUGUCAAAUAAGAGAAUACUAGUUCUCGAUCGGCUGACAGAACUGGAGCAGCAAACUGAAGAUAGAUCUGGAGACCCUGAUUAUGCCAGUGAUUCAUCUGAUUCGCUCGAGGACGUUCCAGAAUUAGAGAGGAACUAUCAAUUGGCUAAAGAAAAAGGGAGAAAAGAAAACCAUGAGAUCCCAGCCAAGUCAAAUUUACUUCUAGAAGAGCUUCCUAAUCUAGAACAAAGGGAGCAACGAGGGAAGGAGACCAGUCCACAAGGAGUUGCACGUCAAGGUUUUCAACCAAAGCUCUUAAUAGAGGAAAUUUCUUCGUCGGAUUCUAGGGGAAGAAAGCUUCUGAAAGGUGCGAAUGUAAAUGAUAAUCAGCAUGCAGUACUUGUCGACGUCGUAGACUGCUUAACAGGGCAUUCAAAGAAGUUACCAUGGUCAACUUUGGAUGGUGAUGGUCUUGGAGGAGCAACAAGAGUUAACGGAAUCGCUCCCAUAUCUUUCCGUAUCUGUAUGGCCAACGUCCUCAUUAGCGCAUGCCAGAAAGUGCCUUCAGCAGCUCGUACGAUUGUGGCUGCAAAAAUGAUCCCACCGGUGGCAACAUUCAUUCAGAUGAGUGGCGAUUCGAAGAUGAAGGCAGCAUGUCUUCAAGUCCUGUUCACUGCAGUCUAUCACCUGAAAGCACAUGCAGUGAUGCCGUUUGCUAGUCUUUUAAUGACUAUCUCAAUUGGGGCUGUCCAAUGUCGUGGACUUCUUGAGGAGAGAAUGGGAGGUGCAAAACUUCUAGCUUCGUUGCUAGCUAGUGAAGAAGUCAUGGUUCGGGAAUUGGCAACACAUCUCCUCGACGCGCAAGUAGCUUUGUCGAGUAUUUCGAGAAUUGAUAGUUCUCCUGAACUUAGAAUGCUCUGCGAGAAACUGUUGUCAUGCUUGUCAGUACCAGGCGAUGGCGAUGUGUAAUUUCGUCCUGAGGCUCCGAGCAAUUUUGUCCUGAAGUGAAGCAAAAGUAGUCCAGAUUUUCAUCCACAUGUAAACACCUUUCAAAUCUGGAGUAAAUUGCAAUCCGAAGUUGAUGCUCCUAUGACAGACAUCGCGGAAGGGCAAAGUCUCACACGCGCAUUAUUUCUUCCUCUCC